UUAACGCGAUCCCAUUUCUCAGUCCCGCGGUCUCGCCCUCUUUAAAUCCGGGGCCAAAGGUGUCAGUUUAAACUCUCAUGGCAGGCAAGCUCAAAGUAGACGAGCUCCGAGCUCAACUCGGCCAACGUGGUCUCAGCACUGCUGGAACCAAGCCGACGCUGGUGAAGAGACUUGAAGCGGCUCUUAAGGCAGAAGAGGAUCACUUGAAGAAUGCAGUAAAUGAUGGUUCGAGUAGUAUUAGUAAGAAGAGAGAAAGGGGAGCUGAGAACGAAGAGUUGGAUGGAUCACAGAAGAUUAGGCGCAUCGAGGAGUUCCGUCAAAUGAGUGUCAAACAAUUGCGAGAAGAAGCCGUUCGUCGAGGGUUGUCCAUGACUGGGUCGAAGAAAGAGGUUCUCGAGAGGCUUUGUGAUGAUUUAUUAGAGAAAGACACAGAUGCAAGGGAAAGCUCUCAAGUGGCAGCUGAAAAAGAAGAGGAUGGCAGAGUGCAGGAAAAAGUUGUCACUGCAACUAGGAAGGGUGCAGCUGUUCUGGAUCAGUCGCUUCCAGAUCAUAUAAAGGCACAAUACCAUGUUAUGCAAUUGGAUGAUGAUGUCUAUGAUGCCAUGUUGAAUCAGACAAAUGUUGGGGAUAACAAUAACAAGUUCUAUGUGCUUCAACUUCUUGAAUCCGAUGAUGGUGGUAAAUACAUGGUUUACAACAGAUGGGGUCGAGUGGGUGUAAGGGGUCAAGACAAAUUAGUAGGACCCUACACAUCGCGAGAUAGUGCGCUUAACGAGUUUAGGAUGAAGUUCUUUGCAAAGACAAGGAACCAUUGGUCAGACCGUGAGAACUUCAUUUGCUACCCUAAGUGCUAUACUUGGUUGGAAAUGGACUACAGCGGAAACGAGGACAAAUCAGUGCAAGAAAAGCCUAAUUCUGCUAUUGGAAUUCAACCUCGAGAAACACAAUUAGAGCCUCAUGUUGCAAAAUUCAUUUCUCUUAUAUGCAAUAUCAGCAUGAUGAAGCAGCAAAUGGUGGAAAUAGGGUACAAUGCUGACAAAUUGCCACUGGGAAAGCUAAGCAAAUCAACAAUUUUGAAGGGUUAUGACGUGCUGAAGAAAAUCACUGAUGUGAUGGGCCAGUCAGAUAGGAGAAAGCUUGAGCAACUAAGUGGAGAAUUCUAUACUGUUAUUCCUCAUGACUUUGGAUUUAAAAAAAUGCGUGAUUUUGUCAUUGAUACUCCUCAGAAGUUGAAAGCCAAGCUUGAAAUGGUUGAAGCCCUUGGUGAGAUUGAGGUUGCAUCCAGGUUGUUGAAGGAUGACAUUGAUACACAGGAUCCCUUGUAUUCUCAUUACCAACGCCUUCAUUGUGAAUUGAUGCCCCUUGAAGUUGAUUCCGAAGAGUUCUCUAUGGUUGCGGAUUAUAUGAAGAACACGCACGCAAAAACACACUCAAACUUCUCUGUUGAUAUUGUACAAGUAUUCGGGGUGUCGAAAGACGGCGAAGCUGAACGCUUCAGCAAGCAGUUUUCAAGUAUGAAAAAUCGGAUGCUUCUCUGGCACGGUUCUCGGCUCGCAAACUGGACUGGCAUUCUCUCUCAAGGUUUGCGCAUAGCUCCACCAGAGGCACCUGUAACAGGUUACAUGUUUGGAAAGGGGGUUUACUUUGCUGAUAUGUUCUCCAAAAGUGCAAAUUAUUGCUAUGCUACUUCCGCUAUAACGACUGGUGUGCUGCUUUUAUGUGAGGUUGCAUUAGGGGAUAUGGUUGAACUUCUAAAUGCGAAGUAUGAUGCUGACAAGUUGCCAGAGGGGAAGCUAAGCACAAAAGGAGUUGGUGCAACUGCGCCGGAUCUUUCAGAAUCCAAGUCACUUAAAGAUGGUGUUAUUGUUCCUCUGGGAAAACCCAAAGAACAAGGAAACUCCGAGGGUGGCUUGCUAUACAACGAGUACAUCGUCUACAAUGUGGAGCAGAUCAGGAUGCGCUAUGUUGUUCAAGUAAAUUUCAAGUUCAAAUAACAUGGAAACACUUCCAUCGGUAUUGGGGUUUCCAUGCUCUGCUGCAGUCUGCAGAUAUGUUUUCUCAAUCUUAUGUAUAAUGUAAUAUGAUUUUGCUGGUAGGAUGUUAAUCCCUUAUUAUCUCAAUCCUAUAAAUCUGUAAAGUGCUUUUGUUCUCCUUCACAAUGAGUAAAAGCAUGAGAUGUUAAAAUA